UUACAGGAAACAGAUUGCUUUAUGAUGAACGUCAAUAUGAUGUUGUUGAACAACAUCAAAUUUUUGAACAUUUGUCUGCUUCUCUUACAGAUGAACAAAGAGGAAUUUUUGAGGAAAUCAUGGAUGCUGUAGAGAAGCAACAAGGAGGUGUUUUUUUUCUGUAUGGCUAUGGUGGAACUGGUAAGACCUUUAUGUGGAAAACUUUAUCAGCAGCACUUAGGUCUAAGAAAAAAAUUGUCUUGCCUGUUGCCUCAAGUGGAAUUGCAAGUUUGUUGUUACCAGGUGGAAUAACAGCUCAUUCUAGAUUUAGGAUUCCUGUUCCGACUUUAGAAAAUUCUAUUUGCAACAUUGAAAAACAAGAUGAUCUUGCUGGGCUUCUAAAGAUGACAGAUUUAAUUAUAUGGGAUGAGGCUCCUAUGGCCAAUAAAUUUUGCUUUGAAUCUCUCGACAAAUCCUUAAGAGAUAUUAUGAGUGGAAUCCCACAUGCAUCUAGGAAAGUUUUUGGUGGUAAGGUUGUUGUGUUUGGUGGCGACUUCCGACAAAUACUCCCUGUUAUACCAAGAGGAACUAGAUUAGACAUUAUCCAUGCAACAAUAAAUGCUUCUUAUAUUUGGGAUCAUUGUAAGGUCUUGAGGCUUACAAAGAACAUGCGCUUGCAAAAUGGUGAUAAUGCUGCUUCUACAGAUGAUGACAUAAGGAGCUUUUCUGAGUGGAUUUUAAAAAUUGGAGUUGGGACCAUGUGUGAGCCAAAUGAUGGUUAUGUUGAUAUUUGUAUUCCAGAUGAGUUCUUGAUUUCUAGCUUUUCUGAUCCAAUAAAGGCAAUUGUUGAAGAUACAUACCCUGAUCUCAUUCAUAAUUAUCUUGAUUCCAAUUAUCUUCAAAGUCGUGCGAUCUUAGCUUCAACAAUUGAAGUUGUUGAUGAUAUCAACCAAUAUAUCACAGAUCUUAUUCCAGGAGAAGAGAAAGAAUACUUUAGUAGUGAUUCUAUUGAUAAAUCUGAUGUCACUAGCUUUGAUGCAUAUGAGCAUGUGACACCUGAGUUCCUAAAUGCUCUCAAAACUUCGGGACUGCCUAACCAUUCAAUCAAGUUGAAAGUUGGUGCCACUAUUAUGUUAAUGCGCAAUUUAGAUCAGUCUGAAGGAUUGUGCAAUGGUACAAGGCUAACUGUAACCAGACUUGCUAAUCAUGUCAUUGAAGCUAAGAUCAUUUCUGGAAAAAAUAUUGGUAACUUAUUUUAUAUUCCUAGAAUGUCUCUAUCUCCCUCACAAUCGCCAUGGCCGUUUAAAUUGGUAAGACGCCAGUUUCCAAUUAUUGUUUCCUUUGCCAUGACUAUUAACAAAUCUCAAGGGCAAUCACUUGAUAAUGUUGGGUUGUAUUUGCCUAAAGAAGUUUUUAGUCAUGGGCAAUUAUAUGUGGCUAUCUCAAGAGUCAAAUCAAAAAAGGGUUUAAGGAUUCUUAUUCAUGACAAAGAUAAACAAUCUAUGAGCUCUACCACCAAUGUUGUAUUCAAAGAAGUGUUCCAUAACAUUUGA